ACCAGCAGCGAGCGAUCAGCAGACAUAGCUGGAAAGAUGGCGGCCGGUUCAGGGGCUGCAAGCGGGCACGGAGCCCGCAGCUCCAACGCUGGUCUGGAAGCGUCUUUGGACCGACGGUUUCAAGGAGUAUCCAACACAAUGGAGUCAAUACAGGGACUUUCAACCUGGUGCAUUGAAAACAAAAAGCACCACGGCCUUAUCGUGCGCCACUGGAUGAAGUGGCUCAAGAAAUCUGACAACAAUCACCGCUUGAAUCUCUUCUACCUUGCCAAUGAUGUGAUACAGAACUGCAAAAGAAAGAACGCCAUUGUCUUUCGUUCAGCCUUCGCAGAAGUUCUUCCCAAUGCUGCCCAGUUCAUCAAAGACGGGAAGGUCCGCAAGUCAGUGGAGAGGAUUUUUACCAUAUGGGAGGAGAGGAGCGUGUAUCCUGAGGAGGUCAUCGCCCAGUUCAAAGCCGGCAUGAACCGAAGAGAAAAGGAGCGAGAGAAGCAGAGGGAAAAAGAAAAGGAGAAGGAAAAGGAGAGAGAAAAGGAAAAGGAGAAAGAAAAGGAGAAAGAGAAAGAGAGGGAGACUCCAGCGGCAACUGCCUCAGCCAACACCAAAGCUGCCCUCAAGUCCAAGAUCGUGGCAGAGUUCACACCCCACUCCCUCAUUGAACAGCUGUCGAGAUAUAAGCGGGCAGUCGCAGAAGAGGAGUUCAGGGAGAAGCAGCUGGCAGCUCUCAGGGUGGACGUCUGCAGCACGGAGGCUCUGAAGAGACUUAAAGAUAAGGCAGGGGGGAACAAGUUUGCGAAGGACUUUGAGGACGGCAGUCUGAAGCUGCAGGAGUUUGUUGGCUUCAUGGAGAAAGAGUUGAAAACGGGGCCUCCUCUGCUGGAAGCUUUGGGAAACGCAGACAUCUUCUAUGAGAUGCAGUACAAGGAGGUUAAGAUUGUGGCCAAUGCGUACAAUGCCUUUGCCAACCGUGUGGCCAGUCUUAAAAGGAAAUUGGAUUCCCUCAAGUCGACUCUACCUGGACCUGAGGACUCUCCCAUUCCCUCUCCCUCUGAAGACGCCCCCUCUCCCACUGGCUCUGACUCACCCUUCCUGGGACUGGGGGGGAGCAGAGCCCAGGUGGAUCCAGAGCUGGAUGGCAAGGCCAUGGAUGAAGGAGAAUUACCCAAUGACCACAGAGACACGGAGGACAUGGACUUGUCUGAUGAAGAGGCUGUUGCCGCCAAAGAAGGGGCAGAUGACAAGAAGGACAAGACAUCCACUGCUGUUGCCAAGUCAGAUGCAGCGUCAAAGCUUCCCACCACACCUACGAAAGCUUCGAAGACCAACGCUACUGCUGCUGCCCCGGCAACCCCAGUGACUCCCACCACUGCUGCCGCUCAGAGCGCCUCAGUAAACCCACUUGGAGUCAAUCUGGAGAAGGUGGACCUGGGAAAGAUCAGCUCCAUUCUCAGCUCUCUCACAUCUGCCAUGAAGAAUACAGCGAGCCCAUCACCUCGGCCAUCUCCAGGAACACCCACCACUCCCUCUGGCCAAUCAGCAGCUGCCAAAGCGACCUCUUCGAGCCCUCACCUGGCCAGCAUCCUGUCACGUGUUGACAUCACACCUGAAGGCAUACUCAAUGCUCUGUCUAAAACAAACACCCCAUCUUUGUCCUCUCUCCUGCAAAGUGUGACAAACACCACCUCCGCCCCUUCCACCCGAACCUCCCCGGAGUCAUCAGCAGUCAAAGCCCUGCUCAGCCCAACCGCCCCAAAACCAAAACCCACACUGGGGAACAGCCUCAAACGAGACACGCCUGGGAGAACCAGAGAUUGGGAGAAAGAGAGACAAAUGUCCCCUCCUCCUCCUCCUCCUCCUCCUCCUCCACCCCCUCCUCGUCCCUCAGCUCCUUCUAUCUCUCCCCCAAGCCUAGAAUCAAAAAUCAACAGUUUCCUGCAGGGUAAUCCAGGUUUCAGUCUCGCUCUAGGUGAUGUCAGUCCCGAUGGGGUGGAUGGGACCCCAGUGAGAGACGAGGCUGCUGGGACCCCCACCCAGGACGAGAUCAUGGACACACCUGGGAGUGUGUCAGAAUCUUUAGGGUCAUCUGGAGGUCAUAACCUCUCACCCACAGCCUACCGCAGCGAACCAUGGGAUGCUGUGAUCACUCCGUCAGGAAGCAACAGUAAUGGAGACUUUAUGGGCACUUCCUCGUCUUCCCGGUAUGGAGCCGGGAAGAAGAGCAGCACAAAAUCAAAGGAUGAUGAAGUGAGGAAGCAGGUUCCCUCUUCCCCCAGUAAAGACAUGAAGGGUAAGACAGACAGCCAGUCAAGGGUCAUGGGAAACAACAGAGGGGUUGGAGAAAGGAGACUCUCGGCCAGCUCUCGUAAAGCCAGCAGUGGCUCAGAUGACGGGGGUCUGAGUGGGAAAAGAGAGGGGAAGGAGUCUCCAGGUGGGGGUGGGAAGGAAGGCCUGUACCACCGCAUUGAGACACUAGUAUCGCCCUGCACUGAAGGGGCACCCAUCCAAACUCUAUGCUACUCGAACCGCCCACUCGAGGGAGAGCGCAUCAAGACGGUAGAGAGCAUCCGUGUGAUUGGCCGAGGCUCCCGGCGAGGGGGAGGGGCCAGUGGUCGGCCAGGGGGAGCCAUGUGGUAUGAAGAGGAGGAAUACAUGGAAGCUCAGCCUCCCUCACCCCGUGGUGUCCCCCCUCCUCUUAACAUCGGCACUGAGGACAUGACCCCCUCCAUGCCCCCUCCUCCCCCACAUCUCAUCCUCCCACAUAUCCCCCCUCCUCCGCCACAUCCUCACGCACAGCCUCCUCCCCAAGGUCCGUUCCAAAUGCCCUACCACACGGAGAACAUGCAGACUCCUCCUCCAUCACUCCUCCAUCAGCAUCCUCCUCCUGCAUCCCAUUUCUUCAGCCCUCCUCCACCGAUCCCUCGCCCCCCUCCGCCUCCCGUACCGCAGCGCCCUUCCCCUCCUCACCAUGCAGUGCCCUCUGCAGUCAUGGUGGGGGGAGUGUUGGUCCCCGUUGACCGUCCCCUUUCUCUUCUUCCCCCUGUCAGACCUGAUGGUGUAGAGCGAGGCGGAGGAGGGCCCAGAGGAAGCAAAAUGGUCCCUCCACCCCUUAUGUCAUCGUUGCUAGGCGAGCCCCCUAAGCUGCCCCGUCCUGGCACAGUUAAAGAGCCGUUUGUCCCCCGCCAUGCACCCCCUCUCCACCACCCAGGCAACCCCGGUGUUCCUCUACCCUUACUGGGCAGAGUGAAGGAGCCCCUGCAUCUACCUCUUCCUCCCCCCUCUCCCACAUCCUCCACUCCCUCUCCCUCCACGCCUAAUUCCCCUGCAGUCGACACCGCCCCCGCUCGCCUCCCUGCGCAGUCCGCUGGCCCUCCUCUCCAGAAACCCCCCACUAGUCCUCCAGCUCAGCCCCGCAACCAAACCUCCAACCCAGUUCCCCUCCUUGCCUUGCCCACUCCUCGACCCCCGAUCCUCCCAGUCCCCAUCCAACAGAGACCUCUGAUGCGAGGCAGAAACCCCUCUCAGCAGUUUAACCCAGAUCACCACAAAGGGGGAUUUCGGGGAGGCAAGCGGUCCGGUCCUCCAUUCACAGGUGGUCCCUUCCAUUCGCAGAAGAGACCCUUCCUACCCCCACGCUACUGAAGCGGUCAUCUAACACAUGCUGAACGAGAAGUGCAAGUGCCCUGCAGUGAAGUGCAGAGUGUGUGUUAGCCCUGCUGGUGUGCCCAGCUUCAUCUGAGCGACUGCAAAUCUUUGAGUCCCUCAGAGAAAAACAAGGCCAUAAGAAGAGAGCUGAAGCUACAGAAGCUCGCCUUAGUAUCCGACUGGCUGAUGGCCGGACAGUGAAGGGAAC